CCGCUCUUCCCGGCUGCCGCACUCCCCCCUCCGCGCCUGCGCAUUGCCCCGCGGGGGGGCGGGGCUCAGAUUUCUGUCAGCGGCGGCGGCGGUGGCGGCGACCGUCAGUUUUCGCUGAGGAGAAGCACGGAACGGACCCGUUGGUUCUCUCCCCUCCCUUUCCCCGCCCCGAACCUCUCUCCUGGCUCUCCAGGAGUCAGUCCCCGUGGAGUUUCCCUCCGUCCUGCCGUCGUUUCGUCGGUCCUCGGCCCGGUGGAAGUCAACUGCCCUCGAGGAGGAGGCAGCGGCAGCCCGCUCUAGCCGCCCCCGGUUCGGUGCCCGCGGUCCCCGAGAGGAGGUGCCGCCGCCACCGCCGCUCCCCCCCUCCCGCUGCCUUCGGGCCGGGCUGGGUCGAGCUGCGAUGCCCUCGGACUUCAUCUCAUUACUCAGCGCGGACCUAGACCUGGAAUCGCCCAAGUCCCUGUACUCGCGAGAUUCUCUGAAGUUACACCCAUCACAGAAUUUUCAUAGAGCUGGACUAUUGGAAGAAUCUGUCUAUGAUCUUCUCCCAAAGGAGUUACAGUUACCUCCAUCUAGAGAAACAUCUGUAGCAUCAAUGAGUCAGACAAGUGGUGGUGAGGCAGGCUCGCCUCCUCCAGCUGUAGUUGCUGCUGAUGCUUCUUCAGCUCCCUCCUCUUCCUCCAUGGGCGGUGCUUGCAGCUCCUUUACCACCUCUUCCAGCCCUACCAUUUAUUCUACCUCAGUCACCGACAGCAAGGCUAUGCAAGUGGAGAGCUGCUCCUCAGCCGUGGGGGUAAGUAACAGAGGGGUAAGUGAAAAGCAGUUAACCAGUAACACAGUUCAGCAGCAUCCAUCAACCCCGAAGAGGCACACAGUUUUGUACAUCUCACCACCACCUGAGGACUUGCUGGAUAACAGUCGGAUGUCCUGCCAGGAUGAGGGGUGUGGAUUGGAAUCUGAGCAGAGCUGCAGUAUGUGGAUGGAGGAUUCCCCCUCCAACUUCAGUAACAUGAGCACCAGUUCCUACAAUGAUAACACUGAGGUACCUCGUAAAUCACGAAAACGAAAUCCAAAGCAGAGGCCGGGGGUCAAACGACGAGAUUGUGAAGAAUCUAAUAUGGAUAUAUUUGAUGCCGACAGUGCCAAAGCACCUCACUAUGUGCUUUCUCAGCUUACUACGGACAGCAAAAGCAACUCAAAAGCUGGAAAUGGAACAUUAGACAAUCAAAAAGGAACGGGAGUAAAGAAGAGCCCUAUGUUGUGUGGACAGUAUCCUGUUAAAAGCGAAGGAAAGGAGCUGAAAAUAGUUGUACAACCUGAGACCCAGCACCGAGCUCGGUACCUGACUGAGGGUAGCCGUGGCUCAGUAAAAGAUAGAACCCAGCAAGGCUUUCCUACAGUAAAGCUGGAAGGCCAUAAUGAACCAGUAGUGUUACAGGUGUUUGUGGGCAAUGACUCUGGUCGAGUAAAACCACAUGGAUUUUAUCAGGCCUGCAGAGUAACUGGACGAAACACAACUCCCUGCAAAGAAGUGGACAUUGAAGGCACCACUGUUAUAGAAGUUGGCCUUGAUCCUAGCAACAACAUGACAUUGGCGGUGGACUGUGUAGGGAUAUUAAAAUUGAGGAAUGCUGAUGUUGAAGCCAGAAUAGGAAUUGCUGGUUCCAAGAAGAAAAGCACUCGAGCAAGAUUGGUUUUUCGAGUUAACAUCACAAGGAAAGAUGGCUCUACUUUGACAUUGCAAACACCCUCCUCUCCAAUUUUGUGUACUCAGCCAGCCGGAGUGCCAGAGAUCUUAAAGAAAAGCUUGCAUAGCUGUUCAGUGAAAGGAGAGGAAGAAGUGUUUUUAAUUGGCAAGAACUUUCUUAAAGGAACUAAAGUUAUUUUCCAAGAAAACGUUUCUGAUGAAAACUCUUGGAAAUCAGAAGCUGAAAUUGACAUGGAAUUAUUUCAUCAGAACCAUCUUAUUGUCAAGGUUCCUCCAUAUCAUGACCAGCAUAUAACUUUGCCUGUAUCUGUGGGAAUAUACGUAGUGACCAAUGCUGGAAGAUCCCAUGAUGUUCAGCCAUUCACUUACACUCCAGACCCAGCAGCAGCUGGUACUUUGAAUGUAACUGUGAAGAAGGAAAUGUCUAGCCCAGCAAGACCUUGCUCUUUUGAAGAAGCCAUGAAAGCAAUCAAAACUACUGGAUGUAACUUAGAUAAGGUAAAUAUUCUUCCUAGUGCCCUGAUCACUCCACUCAUAUCAAGCAGUAUGAUUAAGAGUGAAGAUGUUACUCCAAUGGAAGUAACAGCAGAAAAAAGAUCUUCCCCUAUUUUUAAGACUACAAAGACAGUUGGAUCAACUCAACAAGCUUUAGAAAAUAUCUCUAACAUACCAGGAAAUGGGUCCUUCUCAUCACCAUCAUCUUCCCACUUACCUUCGGAAAAUGAAAAGCAGCAGCAGCUUCAGUCCAAGGCAUAUAACACAGAAACGCUGACUACCAUCCAAACACAGGACAUCUCACAGCCUGGGACCUUUCCAGCAGUUUCUGCCUCUAGUCAGCUACCUGGCAGUGAGGCACUACUCCAGCAGGCUACACAGUUUCAGGCAAGAGAAACUCAGUCUAGAGAAGUAUUACAGUCAGAUGGUACAGUGGUUAACUUGUCACAACUAACUGAGGCCUCACAACAACAGCAGCAGUCACCAUUACAAGAACAAGCACAGACUUUACAGCACCAGAUUUCAUCAAAUAUUUUUCCCUCACCAAGUAGUGUGAGUCAGCUACAAAAUACUAUUCAGCAGUUGCAGGCAGGAAGUUUUACAGGCAGUGCUACUAGUAGCAACAGUGGAAGUGUUGAUUUGGUCCAGCAAGUUUUAGAGGCACAACAACAGCUAUCUUCAGUUUUAUUUUCUGCUCCAGAUGGCAAUGAGAAUGUUCAAGAACAGCUCAGUGCAGACAUUUUUCAACAAGUCAGUCAAAUUCAAAAUAGUGUAAGCCCUGGAAUGUUUUCCUCAACAGAGCCAGCUGUCCACACCAGGCAAGAUAAUUUAAUACCUGGAAGAGCUGAAAGUGUUUGUCCACAGACUGAAGGCACAUUGUCUAAUCAGCAGCCGCAACAGCAACAACAGCAAGUGAUGGAACCAUCAGCUGCAAUGGUGAUGGAAAUGCAACAGAGUAUUUGCCAGGCAGCUGCCCAAAUUCAGUCAGAGUUAUUCCCUUCAACUCCUUCAGCAAAUGGAAACCUUCAACAGUCACCAGUUUACCAGCAGCCUUCUCACAUGAUGAGUGCACUGUCUGCCAACGAGGACAUACAAAUGCAGUGUGAAUUGUUUUCUUCUCCUGCAGUUUCUGGAAAUGAAACUUCUACAACCACCACACAGCAAGUUGCAACCCCUGGGACUACCAUGUUUCAGACACCAAGCUCAGGAGAUGGAGAAGAAACUGGAGCACAAGCAAAACAGAUUCAGAACAGUGUCUUUCAGACGAUGGUCCAAAUGCAACAUAGUGGGGACAAUCAGCCUCAAGUUAACCUUUUUUCAUCUACAAAAAGUAUGAUGAGUGUUCAGAAUAGUGGUACCCAGCAACAAGGUAAUGGUUUAUUCCAGCAAGGGAAUGAGAUGAUGUCACUUCAGUCUGGGAAUUUUUUGCCACAGUCUUCUCACUCACAGGCUCAGCUUUUUCAUCCUCAGAAUCCUAUUGCUGAUCCUCAGAACCUUACCCAGGAAACUCAAGGUUCUAUUUUUCAUAGUCCAAAUCCUAUUGUCCACAGUCAGACUUCUACACCAUCCUCUGAACAAAUGCAACCUCCAAUGUUUCACUCUCAGAGUACCAUUGCUGUGUUGCAGGGCUCUUCAGUUCCACAAGACCAGCAGUCACCCAACAUAUUUCUUUCCCAAAGUCCUAUGAAUAAUCUUCAAACUAACACAGUAGCCCAAGAAGAACAGAUUUCAUUUUUUGCACAGAACUCAAUUUCUUCACUUCAGUCAACAUCAAACACUGAACAGCAAGCUGCUUUCCAACAGCAGUCUCCAAUAUCACAUAUCCAGAACCCUAUGCUUUCCCAAGAACAGGCUCAACCUUCCCAACAAGGUUUAUUUCAGCCUCAGGUCUCACUGGGCUCCCUUCCACCUAAUCCAAUGCCUCAGAACCAACAAGGAGCAAUGUUCCAGGCACAGCACUCAAUAGUGGCCAUGCAGAGUAAUUCUCCGUCUCAGGAGCAACAGCAGCAGCAACAGCAACAACAGCAACAGCAACAACAGCAACAGAGCAUUUUAUUCAGUAAUCAGAAUACCAUGGCUACAAUGGCAUCUCAAAAGCAACCACCACCAAACAUGAUAUUUAGCCCAAAUCAAAAUCCAAUGGCUAGUCAGGAGCAACAGAACCAGUCGAUUUUUCACCAACAAAAUAAUAUGGCCUCAAUGAAUCAAGAGCAGCAGCCCAUGCAAUUUCAGAAUCAGCCCACAGUUUCCUCACUUCAGAACCCUGGUCCUACUCCAUCUGAGUCUUCACAGACCUCCUUGUUCCAUAGCUCUCCUCAGAUUCAGUUGGUACAAGGGUCACCCAGUUCUCAAGAGCAGCAAGUUACACUCUUCCUCUCUCCAGCAUCCAUGUCUGCCUUGCAGACCAGUAUAACCCAACAAGACAUGCAACAGUCUCCUCUUUAUUCCUCUCAGAACAACUUGCCUGGAAUCCAAGGAGCCACAUCUUCACCUCAACCACAGUCUACUUUAUUUCACAACACUGCAGGAGGAACAAUGAACCAACUACAGAAUUCUCCUGGCUCAUCUCAGCCGACUUCAGGAAUGUUCUUAUUUGGCAUUCAGAAUAACUGUAGUCAGCUUUUAACCUCUGGACCAGGUACAUUGCCAGAGCAGUUGAUGGCCAUAAGUCAGCCAGGCCAACCACAAAACGAGGGGCAGUCACCUGUGACAACACUUCUGUCUCAGCAAAUGCCAGAGAAUUCUCCACUGGCAUCCUCUAUAAACACCAACCAGAACAUCGAAAAGAUUGAUUUGCUCGUUUCUUUGCAAAACCAAGGGAACAGCUUGACUGGCUCCUUUUAACUGGAUAUAAUUUCCUUGGGGGAAAAAUCGUGAUUCCAGGAUGUCCUGAGAUCUUGUGGUUCUGUGAAGCUUACUGAACUAUAUUACUAAAAAAAUAAAAAUAAAAAACUGAGUACAUGGAUAGAUUUUAUUCUUACUGCAAAAGAGCACAUCUUUGCUGCCUGUUGCAGUAAUUAGCCACCAAUGUUAACAUCUUCAUAUUUUAUAUUCCUAAUAACAGUGAUGACUGAGAAUCUGUUUGAAUUUCUAACUGACAGAAUUAAUUGUUGCCAUUUUCCUACGCACAAUUUCUUUAAAAGUGCAGUUUAAAUUCAAAGUUGGACAGCUCAGUUACUGCUAUUAGAAAAUAAUAUUUGUCAUGUUUACUUUUGAUCAUUAUUUUCUCUCACAUUUUAGUCACACAAAGGUUUAUGAAGAGGUAAAGUUCAUUAAUAACUAAGGCUGAUUUUUUUUUUUUAAUAUGAAAAGUACAGCGGUUGGCCAAAGUGAAGGAAUCUUUCAGUUUUUAUGGAAAAAUUGAAGGGGUAACGUUCUGACAAGUAAGCUGUAUUAAGAACUCUACACAAAUUAGAGGACUCUGGAUUAAACACAAAAGCAGAUGACACACUUUACAAAACUGGGGACAGCUGGAAUGCUAUUGAUUUUAUUUUUCAGAGAGUUAGUUCUCUGUAUUUCUACUAAGAGGUUUAGCCAUAACUGCAUAGAAAAAUUGUUAUUUUGCUCUAUGAAAAAUGAAGGAGGUAAUACAUGGUAAAUUAUGUUCUGAUAUCCUCCUACAGUUUAACUGACAGUAAUUAGUCUGUUUUCUUCUUAAUCCAGUCACAGGCUGGAAUUCCCUUUUAUAUGCAUCUCUUAUUUUCCACUUCCUUUUCACUUCAAUUUAGACAACUAUUAAUAUACUACUGUGACCCUGUAGCAACUUAAAUGGAAAGGCCACUUUGACCCCAGGUGACCUAGCGACUCUGCAGCACAGGGCAAGGAGUACUCUUUUGGAAUUAUUGGGAGCUGAUUCCUGAAAGAACAAUGCAUCUAUUUCCCCACACACCCUGCCCCCAUGAACGGUGCUGUUCUGAAGUCUUUAAAUUUUUUCCUCUAAUAAAAAACAGUAUACAUUUUCAUUUGAAAAACAAAGGCAAACUAAAACUUGUUGAAACAUUACUUCUCCCUGAGCUGCAGUGAAUGUAAUUCACUUGUCACCUCAGUGCUUUAAAGUUGAAGAGGUCGCUUACCUAAUGGCUCCCCCAAGCCUUAGGCUUUACAGGGUCAUAUCAUUGGCUUAAAAUUAAGUGUACUAACUUGUGUUACAUCUAUAAAGAGCAAAAUAACACUCCAGAACUUGCAGAUGUAGCGUUAGUUAUACAGUUUUGGGUGUUCUUGCCACCCAUGGGAUGCCUGCUUCUAACUACCACCUGUGUCAAGAUAUGUGCUUAUGUCUAAUUUUCCUUUGGGCAUGUGGAAAGCUGUCAAUGCAGUAUAAGGCCAACGUGUGUGUGGGUUCUAUGUACUGAUAAAAAUUUUGGUAUCCUUGUCCAUUUGUUUUUUAAAUGUACAAAAAAUAGCCUGUUAAUUGUUGUUGGAAGCUACUUUUCUGUUUGAUUUUUUUUUUUUUCCCUCUUCCUAUCCUAUACAUUUAGUUGAACUGUGUGGAAUUGUGGUGUUGGUUUUGUUUAUAUAGCUAGAUUUUAUCCUUUCUGUGAUGUCUUCCUUUGUUCUUUGAAUGUGCUAUUCUUCUGUUUUUCUCUUUAUUCUCCUAUAUACUUCCUCCCAUUCCCCACUUUCUUUCUUUCUUUCUUUUUCUUUUCUUUCUCUCUCUCUUUCUUUCCUUCUUUCCUUCCUUCUUUCUUUCUCUCUCUCUCUGUCUCUCUCUCUCUCUCUCUGAGAGGCAUUGAAUUAUGUUUUCAGUAGUACAGGCUUCUUGCCGAUAUGAAGGGAACUUUUCAGAAAGAGACCUACUCUAGGUCAUUUAAUUUUGAAUACAGUUUCAAUCGUUCAAGUUUUGGAUGGUUUAUAUCUAAUGUGUGUUUCAUUUUUUUGGAAAGCUAUAUUUUGUAUUUAGGAAAUGGUAUACUAUUUUGCUAUUUGUACUGAGUGAGUACAUUGGCAUAAAUAUAGAAAUUUAUAUAUAUACAUAUAUAUAAACUAUUCUUUUUUUGCCACACAUUUUUGUGGUAAAUUUGUGAGUUUGUCUGAUGUUCUACCACAACGUGGCGUCUGAUAACAGUGAGGGGGGGUUUGUUAUGUCUUUACUGAGUAUUUAAGUACCUUUUGAAACAAAUGACGUGUUCAUCUGUAGCCAUUCCAUCAGGCAGUUCCUUGAUGUUAUUAGUGGGCUAAAGGCAGCUUCCUGUGUGUUUGCUGGAUCUUUCACUCAGCAAAAAGUUAAUGAGUAAGGAAACCUAUUGAGACAGUUGUGUCAAGUGGUGUUUCACAAGAAUGAGCCAUUCAGUCUUUGCUCACUACGUAUUUAAUAUUUUAUUAUUGUUAUUGUUAAUUGGCUUUCUGUAUUCUAUGCCUUUUAUUUAUAAAAACACUAAAAAUCCCCAUGUUUGUAAUUUUAAUAACAUUUUUCCCAUCUUGUAAUAUCCAGAGCUACUUUAUAAAUUCUCUGAACAAAAAGUAUUUUUCUCAAUAUAUCUCCUUCCCUGUCCCCAGUCAGGAAAAAUUACCCAAUAUAGUUCAGGUUUUGAGAAGAAUCAGCCACACAAUCCAGUGCUUCGGUUUUAAAAUGUAAAACUCUAAACCCUAGAGGGCUCCCUAUAAUGUCAGAGAAAUCAAACCCAGCAGGUAUUAAAAAAAAAAAAAACAGGGCCAGGGAUUUAGCUCAGUGGUUCUGCCGCCUGCAAGGUCCCAAGUCCGAUCCCUGGUACCAAAAACAAAAACAAAAAAACCCAAAAAAACUACAUUUAUUUCUGAAUUUUCUUCUGAGAAUGUGUAGGAUACUCAAGAAGUCUAUUUGUUCAAGUUCCAAUUAGAAUGUGUGUUAAUACUGCACCAUGAAUGGUGACAAGAAGACUGGCUUGUGUGGUGCUUCUGUUCUGUGGUUUAGCAAGAGGUUUAUCCUUACAAAGUACUGAUUGGCAAUGCCAAGUCACUGGGACCAAUUUUCUGUUUUAUAAUACCUAGGUUUAGAACAGAAGAUACACCUGAACCGUAGUGGUUUGAUUGGAUGGAGGCAUAAAAUCCAAUUUUUAUUGUCAUAAAUUUUGUGGUUAUUUAUACAAGGGCUGUGAUAUGCUACCAUAUUCUUAGUCAAUAAUGAUAGUUUUUUGUUUUUUUACAUUAUUAAAUGUUCCUUACCCCUAAAGGUCAAUGUUAAAUUCAACAUUCAAUAUAUAAUUUGGUCACAAAGAGUAUUUGUCUUUUAAUUGAAGAGUUAGCUCAGUGGUUGAUACUUAUUCUAAUAAUGCAGUUUCCUAAUUACGUUUACACGUUGCAGCUGGAAACUGCAGAAAACUCAGUGAGCCAGCAAAGGCCUUGGAAACAACACUUUAUUAAUUUAUGGCAGAAAGACCAAAAUAAACUGUGAACCACAUUUUUUUAUGCUGUUACAUUCAUUUAUUCUUGCUUUCAGCAACUCACACAAAUGCUUGGAGCUUAUCUCAUUGUCUUUCUCUGUCUUUCCAUGUGAGUUACUCCUUCUUAUCAUUCCAUUAUAUAUCUACACCAGUAGAAGAUAGUUAGAAAUCAUAUUUUGCUUCUCAGUUUUAUCAUAUUAAUAUGAUAAGAGUAUCAGGUUACUUAUGAUUUAGAAUAUCAUGUUGUUAUUUAGCCAAUGAAAAUCUGUUUUACCCAGUCUCCCUAGAACAGGUUUCAAAGGGCUUUGUUCAUUAUAGAAGCAGUUUUUGUAAGGGGCCGGCUGGCCUGCCUGGCUGCCUGCCUUCUUGCCUUCUUGCCUUCCUUUCUUCCUUUCUUCCAUCCUUCCUCCCUCUCUCCUCCCUCCCUUCUUCUCUCCCUUCCUCCCUGUUCUUAUUCCUUCUCCUCCUUCUUUUCUUUCCUCUCAUUUUCCUUCCAUCCUAAUUUGCUUUUUUUUUUUUAAUAUAAUGUGCUUGAAAUUUCAAUAUAGUGUAUUUCUUGCCCAUGAAAACCUUGGCUAAUCUACCCAUGAAAAAGUGUCAGAGGAAGGUGAUGCAUCUGUGUCCCUUCAGAACUAAGAUAAUUCAUUCCUUUUGACCUUUUAAGCCAUCUUAAAUGCUUGCUUCAGAAAAGUGAAAUCUUAGAUACAUCAACAAAGACCAGAAAUAAAAUGAUUUACUAAUUAAAUUUAGCAGAGUUAUAAAUAUUCAUUAGGAGUAAUCUGAGAAUUUUUCAUCUUCCUGGUGAAAUUUUCUGGUCUAGUAUCUAUUUCUUAACUGAUUAUUUAAACUAAUUAGAAAUUAUAUGGGACCUAUUAGCUUUAACUCUGCAUCUUGACCAUAGGUUUCAUCCCUAACCAAGACACCAUUUUAUAACUGCAUGCCUUUGGCUAUUAGGAAGGAUUUAACAAGAGAGAGACUGUAAUCCAGCAGAUAGAUUAGAGGAAUAACUCAGGACAGUGUAUAGCUCAGUGGUAGAGCACCUGCCUAGCAUGUGCCAGACCCUGGGUCCCAUCCCCAGCAUUACCAAAAGAAAAAAGAAACUCAGUAUAUACCCUAGUAAGUGGAUUAGUAGAAUCUCCUAACAUAUAUUAUAAAAGAGGUUUUCCCUUCUGCCUAUUUGUGUCACUAGAGCUAAAUUGUAGAGAUAUUGUUCUUAAUGUAGUAAAUAUCAGAAUAAUCUGCAUUAUCAUUUGAAUAUCCCAGUGCUCUAAUUACUUUUUAAAGCUCUUUAUUUUCAUAUUAUUUUAAGUCUCAUUUAUUAAUAAAAUUCUUUUUUUAUUUUUUAGCAUUAAUGUUUUAUAUUUAGAUUAAAUGUUUAUGGAAAAGUGCCUUUUUACCAUGAUAGUGCCCCUUUCUUAUUUCAUUUUUCACUGUUGCCAAAAACAUGUAAAGAACUGGUUUUUCAUUAAGUCCCAACUUUUACUUCAUAAGUUCCUUUGACUUAAGAAUAGCAGGAGAGAUGCAUUGCUAGAAUUUGUCCUUAAGUAAAAGAUUACUGGUUAGGCUAAUAUAAAUUUGUCUUCAUUUCAACUAACAAUAGGUUUUACCUUAAUACUAGUGAAAUUUUUUUACUAUGUGUGUGAGAUGACAUCUAAACAAAUGGGUGGGUAUAAAUUGCAGGAAGGAACUGUAAAACAUUUUUUUAUGAUCUUAGAUAGAUGCAAAUAAAUCACUAAAACAUAGGUUAGGCAAGGCAUGAUGAUGUCAGUUUUUCUAUGGCAAAGCAGUUCGUUAUAGUGCACUUCUUGCCCAUCUGAGUUUCAGUAAUUUGCCUAAGAAAAUGUGUCAAAGGGAAUAUGGAAAAAGUUAGAGCUGAGUCUUUUCAGGCCUAAGAAAAUAAUUUCUUUUUACCAGAUAUAGUUGGAUUGAGAGUCUUUCUGGGUUUGUUAAUUUUGUUUUUCUUUCAGCCCCUCACCACAGGGAUGGUGCUUGUAGAAAGGGCCAUCAACAGCAGGUUAGGACUGUAGUACCUUUGUGAUAGAGCUCCCUUCCACAUGGAGAGAUUUUUGUGACUGUUAGUGGCACUGAAGUCUAUAAACCUUUAUGCAAUAUUCUUAAUAACCUGUUGACAUUAUGCACUUUAAUCAUUCCAAAGUAGCCAAAAAUACUAUAUAGUAAUGAUUCUUUCCUAAUGAAUGCAUCUUAACUAUUUACUGUGUCCUUUUUUAAUUUGAAUAUCUGACUUGGUGUAAGUGUUAAUGUGUAUAUUCUCUGAAAUAACUUUAUAGUGGGACUUAAAAAUGUAGUGGGCUAUAAAAGAGAAAUUAUUGCACUUUAACAAAUCAUUUUAGAAACAUUAAAAUGUUACUAAUCUAUAUGUUUGAGAAUUAAUUAAAACCCAACCACUUUCCUGUAUAUUUUGUGUCAUAUAUAUAAGAACAUUAUAGUAUGAACUUUUCUACAUGUAAACCAAUGGUUCUAAAAGUAUGAUCCUCAGCCCCCAGCUAGCAUCGGUGUCAACUGGAAACUAGUUAGAAAUGCGCGUUCUUGGACGUUAUCCUAGACAGACUGAAAUGGAGCUGAGCAGAUUGUUUUAACAAGCCCUCCAGGUUGUUCUGAUGCACACUAAAGUUUAGAAUCAUUGGUAUAAAAUAUAUCUAGUGAGAGCGAGAAAGUUUCUUUUCCUACUCAUGGAGAUAAGAUUAUACAUUGUCCUUUAUGUAAAUUCAGCUUAGUGGGUUAUCUAUAAUCAUUUAUUGGCAAUGAUAAUUUAUUCUCAGUACUGCCUGAGAAACACAUAUAUUUUAUGUAUACAGUUAAUCUGGUUAUUGAUAAUUCAGUUAACUUGGUUUGGCACUUUCCUACCACUUACUAAAAGUUUACAUUAAAUGACUAAUUUAAAUAUAUAGGUGCAAUGUUCAGUAUUUCUUUUGUUACCACAUUUAAGUAGCUCAGAUAAUUAAUGGGUGCUAACUUCUCCUGUUUAUCUAUAAUAUGGGUACAUUGUAGGCAGUGUAAUACAAGCUUUCUUUUCAUUGCCUCUUAUUUUACUAGCAGACCACAAUUUUAUUGUGGCUAGAUCAACUCUCAGAACAAAAUUAUCAUUCCUUAUAAUUAUAUUUGUAUCUGAAAUAGUAAAUAAGAUGGCUGGUGGGUCUAACCCAGCACCUUAUAUAAUUUCUUCUUUUAAUAGAUAAAACUUCUUUAAAUAUAGCUUAUGUCAUACAAGAAUGUUGCAGUAGAGAUACAGGUAUCCUUGGAGUUUAUGUUUCAGAUAAGAGUUGUUUACUAAAAUAAAUAUUAAACAAGAUAAUGCAUUAUAUAAUUUGGGCAUUUUUCCCUUUUCAGUUGUUAGCAUCAUGGUAAAUGUAAACUAGCCACAAGAUAAAUAGAUUUAUUCAUUUUAAUUUCCUUGUCUAGUUCAGUACUUCCAUAAGUAUUCUAAUCUUCCACUGUUUACAAAUCACCAAUUAAUUAGCUCAUGAAAGAAAAAAUUCACUUUUCAGAUUAAAAGUAAGUUCAUAAUCAUUUUCUAAAAAUCACCACUGCUAUCCUUCCUUAUUACUGGCAGUGGAAGUUUAAGUGGCUUAUUCUACAAGCUUUGGUGCUAGUGAAUUCAUAGGCAAACUAUUGGGAGAUGCUCUAGUUACAUUCCUCCUUUCUUAUUCCCUUUUCCCUACUUUAUUACAUAAUACUGUAUAUUCCUCUACCCAAAGAAUUUUACCCUGAUUCUUCUCAACCCCAAUUUGUAAUAACCUUUAAAAUUUUUAUGUUUAACCCUGUUACCCCUACUUGCUUACUCUCCUUCAUUCUUUCCCCUCACCCUUAGAAAUCAUCUGCCUGGUUUGUAGAGACUGCUUGCUUAUUAUUAUUUUAGCUAGUGCACCUCAGGACAGCAUACACACAAACAUACACAUAAAAGAUCUCAGAUGUGUGAGAAAGGGAUUGGGAUCAGACUUCUGUGUCCAAUAAGAACUGUCCUUGCCAAGUGUAGUGGCCCAUGCCUGUAAUCCCAGCACUGGGAGGCUGAGGCAGGAGGAUCACUACAAGUUUAAGCCCAGCCUGGGCUACAUAGUGAGUUCAGGGCCAGCCUAAACUACAUAGAGAGACCCUAUCUCAAAACAAAUAAAAAACAAUAAUAACUGUCCUCCAUUGAAGUGAUCAUGACCUAACUAUUAACAGGCUGAUUCCAAAAAACUUGCUCAUUUCUUUUGCUCUAAUGAAUGUACCUACUCACCUUCUUCCCUUUCUUCCAAUGAUAAAAACUUGCUCAUUUCUUUUGCUCUAAUGAAUGUACCUACUCACCUUCUUCCCUUACUUCCAAUGAUAAGCUCCAAGUGGUUGCUACUUUUUUGACAACUUUUUACUCAGUUUCAUUCAUGUCUUUUACUUAAUCUUUAAGUAUAUUAUGAAUAGUUCAUGAAUCUGUUCUCAAGUGGUUUAGCUAUCUUUCUGCCAUUUUAAUUUUUAAUUUUAUUUGCUUGAGCACACUGAUCAACCACUGAACUGCCUUCUUCUAUUGUCCUGCAGUGAUAUAAAGGUUACAUUUUUGUGUAUAUGGCUUUCAUAGUAGGGAUUUCAGAGCACUGACACCAGAUAUUUUGAGUUUGUUCUCUGGGGGAAUUUCAUUUGCAUCUAUGUUUUUAGCUAUCUGUGAUAACUUGUUAAAUAUUAAAAAGAUAUUUUGCUUCUAUUGGAACAUUUGUAUACUCGCAACUAUAUUUCUGUAAACAGCUGCAGUCAAAAAUAAAACAUUGAAAGUUUUCA